AUGAAGGGUCAACUAUUAGAUUCAGCGCGUCCCUAUCUGCAGCUCUUCUCGCUCCUCAGCCUGACGCCACCUCCUAGCAGUUAUGAGGGAAGUCAUCGCACCUUUCAAUGGAAGUUAUUGAUGCUCAUCUUCAGCUGCUACACUUGCUGCACCUGUCUACUAAGUGUCUAUGUUAGCUACGUGAACAUUAUUAUACUUGACGUCGAGAUUGAAGAGCUAGCGGUGAAAGAUUUCACCAGCGCUUUGGGAGUGGUUCAGAAGGUUUUCUACAUUUUUCUUUUGGCCACCAAUUCAUUUUAUAUGCUGAUCUAUUACCAUAAAUUGGGUCGCAUUUAUUGGGAAAUUUCCUCCUUGGAAAUGGACAUCGAUACAGCAUUUCAUGCAUUCAGCAGUCAUCGAAAGCAUUCUAAUGUUCGAGUCUACCUUUUCAAACGCAUCGGAUUGUGGAUAAUCUUCCUGUUUUUAGCCAUGCCACGUAUAACGUUCGCAUUGUUUACAAUCUUCAUGACAUGGCACGAAAAGAUCGUCACCGAGUUUAUACUGCUUGAGCUGCUUCUACGUUUGCGUCUCAAGCUCAUUCAGAUUCAACAGGAGCUGACAGUCUGCGAACAACAUGUCCUGCUUCAAGCGCUGGUUCAAGCUAUGCGAAAGAAUAAACACUUACUUGCUCGCAUCUGGAAGCUUGUGACUGAAUUGGAAGAAUACUUUAUGUUGCCAAUGAUGCUGUUCUUUCUUCAUAAUGGCGUUUGUAUUCUGCAUAGGGUCAAUUGGGUCUAUAUGCAGGCUGUCAAUCCAAACGAUUGCUGUCGUUACUCCCGCAUUGGUCACUUGCUGAUACUACUAUUUAAUCUCCUUAUACCCUGCUGGAUCAGUCACAACUGCAUCAAAACUUACAACAGCUUUAGCCGCAUUCUUCAUAGUAUUCGAGGUGGGUCUGGACUGGUUACACCGCAGCCUCUCAAGAUGAUCCUUAUGGAGUAUGCCUUGCAGAUGGAGCAUUUAAAAUUGAGAUUUACUUGCGGUGGAUUUUUCGACAUUAAUCUCAAGUACUUUGCAGGCAUAGUUGUUACCAUCAUCAGUUAUACUAUAAUAUUAAUACAGUUCAAAAUGCAGGCGAUGUUGGAGGAAAAAUAG